AUGUCUGGUGACGGUUCUGGUGGUGUUAGUAGUGGAACUCAAGUGGCUUUGGUUACCGGCGGCUAUGAUCACACUAUUAAGCUUUGGCAAGCACACAGUGGCGUGUGUUUACGUACUAUGCAGCAUCCUGAUUCGCAAGUCAAUGACUUGGAAAUCACACCAAAUGGUCAAAUGGUAGCAGCUUGUGGCUAUCAACACAUUAGGAUGUAUGAUUUGGCUAGUGCUAACCCAGAUCCUGUGAUGAACUUUGAAGCUAUAUCUAAAAAUGUUUCGAGAGUAGGCUUUCAAGAAAAUGGACAGUGGAUGUACACAGGAGGUGAAGAUUGCACAGCAAGGAUAUGGGAUCUGAGGGCAGGAAGACCAUUCCAGUGCCAGCGCAUCUUUCAGGUGCCAGCACCAGUCAACGCAGUGGUGCUUCAUCCUGACCAGUCACAGAUAAUGGUCGGGGGUCAAAGUGGUAUAAUACACAUGUGGGACUUGAAGACGGACCACAAUGAGCAACUGAUUCCAGAGGCUGAAGCAUCAAUCCAGGACAUCGCGAUCGACCCCGAAGGCAAGAUGAUGGCGGCUGUGAACAAUAAGGGCAACUGCUACGUGUGGUCGCUGGGUGGCUCUCCGCCGAGGCCAGUGCCCAGGAAACAUCUACAAGCGCAUAAAAAAUAUGCGCUGCGCUGCAAAUUUAGUCCAGAUUCCACCAUGCUGGUGACGACGUCGGGCGACUGCUCGGCGCGCGUGUGGCGCACCAGCGACUGGUCGCUGCUGCGCGAGCUGCGCCACGACACGCAGCGCUGGGUGUGGGACGCCGCCUUCAGCAUCGACUCGCGCUACCUCUUCACAGGCUCAUCAGAUAGCUAUGCGAGACUUUGGGAUCUUGAGAAGGGUACCCUUGAGCGAGAAUACUGCGGACAUCAGAAACCAAUAACGGCUUUAGCAUUUAGAGAUCAAGCUGUAUAG